AUGUCGGAUUUCACGCAGAGGAUCGGAAAAGUUGAAGAAAGCAUCCUCAAAGCCUCGGAAACAGCAGAAGAAGUGGAGCAAUCUACUGCCGAUAUUCCUUAUGAAGAGCUAUUGAAAGCAUUGAUGCCAUCUGAGAAAGUAUAUACGACAAUUUCAUCCGAACAUCAUGAGAAACUCAAAGAAAUCAUCAAGGAACUGGAGGUCUUUGCGUACAUGGGAAACAUCGUUCCAAAAAGCUUGACAGAUGAUCAUUGGUAUAGGAUUUUGAACACUACUGAUUCAGUGACUGACCGUGUCUCCUUUUGGGAGUACGUUGCUGUCAAGCAAAGACGUGAAGAAAAGGAUAAAAUGAGGAAGAAUGUUAAAUAUGAGGAAUUCUUGGCGAAAUAUGAAGAAGAGAAAGCAAAGUUUGAGCGAGGAGAAAUGGGAUAUGGCCCGGACCUUUACCAGUUGGUUCAUAAUCCAAUGCGGAAUAAAAAGAAGAUACAUUUGACUCAAGGAGCGAGGGUACUUUCGGCUUUGCGUUGCGGCGAAGUUCCCAAAGUUAUCCUCGACCUGCAAUACAUGUUCAAUGAGAAGCCACGUGUACAGUCUGAACUUGGCAAUCAAUUACAAUGUGUAGGUUUCUAUGGAGGACGGUAUACUCAUCAAACUGUUUUACCUGAUUUCACGAGCAAAGGUGUAAAAGAGGUAUUCCCUGGUGAAAACGUCGUCUAUAUAUCAAAGCAUGCAAGAGACACAAUUGAUGGCCCAUUGAAUGCCGGUGCAAUUGCAUUGUGUGUGUCAAUGGAUACAGCUAGAGAAGCUCUUGGAGCAGCUCGUCGUGGACGGAUGAGGGCUGUGCGUCUACCUAUAAAGAAAUACAUAAAGUGGCAGAAGGGACCGAUGUACUUACCAUUCCCCAAUAUACUGAGGAUCUUUCGUGAAGUUCACCUGAACGGUGGUGAUUGGGAAACCGCAUUACUCAACAAUAUCAGCAAGUGA